AUGAAAAGGAAUAAUCAGAGCAGUGUGUCUGAGUUCCUCCUGCUGGGGCUCCCCAUCUGGCCAGAGGAUCAAGGCAUUUACUAUGCUCUUUUCCUGGUCAUGUACCUGACCACAGUGCUGGGGAAUCUGCUCAUCAUUCUGCUUAUCCGGCUGGACUCUCACCUCCACACCCCCAUGUACUUCUUCCUCAGCCACUUGUCCUUCACUGACAUCUCUUUCUCAUCAGUCACAGCUCCAAAGAUGCUCAUGAAUAUGCAGACAGAGAGUCAAUCCAUCUCAUAUGCAGGGUGCAUUUCCCAGGUUUAUUUCUUUUUAAUGCUUGGCUGUCUUGACAGCCUCCUUCUCACUUCAAUGGCCUAUGACAGGUAUGUGGCCAUCUGUCACCCCCUCCACUACACCACCAUCAUGAAUUGGAGCCUCUGUCUCCUGCUAGUAAUUAUAUCUUGGGUCCUAUCUUCUGCCAAUGCCCUUUUGCACACCCUCCUCCUAGCCCAUCUCUCUUUCUGUGGAGACAACACUCUUCCCCACUUCUUCUGUGACCUCUCCACUUUACUCAAGCUGUCCACCUCAGACACUACAAUCAAUGAGCUGUUUAUCUUCACUGUGGGAGUAGUGGUCAUUACCCUGCCAUUCAUAUGUAUCCUAGUCUCUUAUGGUCACAUUGGAGCCACUGUUCUGAGAGUCCCCUCAACCAAAGGAAUCUGCAAAGCCUUGUCCACAUGCAGCUCUCACCUGUCUGUGGUAUCUCUGUACUAUGGAACGAUUAUUGGACUAUACUUUUUUCCCUCAUCCAAUAAUACCAAUGAAAAGGACGUCAUCGUGGCUAUAUUGUACACUCAAGUCACUUCUAUGCUAAAUCCCUUCAUUUAUAGUCUGAGAAAUCAGGAUAUAAAAAGUGCUCUAGGAAAAAUACUCAAUAAUGGAAUUUUUCACUGUGAUGGGCAUUGCUUUCCCUUGUAG